UUUUCAUUAACGAAAUUACCCCCGCAUCACUCGUUUUCGUUCUCCCAUUACUUCUCUACUCCUUAAAAACGCCCACAUUGAACACACCCGACUCCCCCUGCGCAGUAAAAACCAUGGCCAAAUCGUCGGCGACCUCGACGCCGUCGUUUCCGCCGCUCAAGCCCGACGACUACUCCCACAGCCCGGUACACUACGCUGUCGUUCUGGCUGACCACACCACGCUCUCCCGAAUCGUCGCCACCCUUCCGCGACUCGGCGAUCCGACUCAGAUCCACACCGAGUCCGACUCCCUCUCUCAGGAACGGACCGCGGACCGGAUCUCAUCCGUGCUCGACCGCCGCGACGUUCCCUUCCGAGAAACCCCUCUCCACCUCGCAGUCCGGCUAAACGACGCAGCGUCCGCCAAAAUUCUAGCCUCCGCAGGCGCCGACGUGUCCCUCCAGAACUCCUCCGGCUGGAAUCCCCUGCAGGAAGCCUUAUGUCGCCGGAGCUCCGACGUUGCUUUAAUCCUUCUCCGGCUCCACCACCGCUCGGCUUGGGCGAAGUGGCGGCGCCGUCUUCCACGUGUCAUCGCCGUGCUCCGAAGAAUGCGAGAUUUUUACAUGGAGAUCUCUUUUCACUUCGAAAGCUCCGUCAUUCCCUUCGUCGGGAAGAUCGCUCCCUCCGACACUUACAAGAUCUGGAAGCGCGACGGCAACUUGCGGGCCGACACGUCGCUGGCCGGAUUUGACGGAUUGAAGAUCCAGCGCGCCGAUCAGAGCUUCCUCUUCCUCGGCGACGGCGAUCAAAGCCACGACGUUCCCCUGGGAUCGCUGCUCGUUUUGAACCGCGACGAUCGGAAAAUCUUCGACGCGUUCGAGAACGCCGGGUCGCCCAUGAGUGAGUCGGACAUCGCCGGAUUCUGCUCCCAGACGAGUGUGUAUCGCCCAGGCAUGGACGUCACCAAAGCGGAGCUAGUCGGGCGGACCAAUUGGAGGAGGCAGGAUAAGACGGAGAGCGUCGGAGAGUGGAAAGCUCGAGUGUACGAAAUUCACAAUGUCGUGUUCAGCUUCCGCUCGAGAAAAGUCGCCAAUGGCGACGCUGAUGUGGCAGGGAGCGAGCAGGUGCUUCCUCUGGAGCUCGACGAGGACGACGACGGGUUUUUGGUGGCGGAGAAUCCGAGCUUCGGAAUUCCCGACGGCAGGAGGCAUAGUAGCUUCGUGAGGGAGGAGAGGGAGUUCGUGGCAUUGGGGAGAAAAAGCGUCGACGUUUCGUCAAUUUCCGGGCCGCCGUCAAGGAGGUCCAAAACAGCUGCGAUUGCGGCGGCGCCAGUGCAGACAAAAGAGAAAGAGUUCGUGAGGAGCUUGAGGCCGUGCGUUUGGCUGACGGAGCAGUUCCCGUUAAAGACGGAGGAGCUGCUGCCGUUACUGGACAUCUUGGCGAACAAGGUGAAGGCCGUUAGGAGGAUGAGGGAGUUGCUCACCACCAAGUUCCCGCCAGGGACUUUUCCGGUUAAGGUGGCAAUACCGGUGGUCCCCACAGUGAGAGUCGUGAUAACGUUCACAAAGUUCGUUGAGCUCCCGCCAACUGAGCAAUUCUUCACUCCAAUGUCAAGCCCCAGACAGUUUAUUCAUGAAGGACGAGGCCAGCAAGAGGAGGAACACAAAUACAAGGCGCAAAAACCACCAUCCUUUUCGUCAUCGUCGUGGCUGAGGCGGAACAGCAGCCAGUCGGGGUCUUCCGCGAGCAAGCAAAACCACCAACACCAACACCGUGCUCCUCCGGCAGUGACGGCGGCUCAAGACUCUUCUGACCCUUUCGCCAUUCCUAGCGGUUAUACCUGGACGAGCAUCGAGGACAAGUCUCACAAAAUGAAGAAAUCCAAGUCCACGAGGAGAUCAUCCAAGUAAUUAGCUUGUGUAAUCUUUGACACCAUGAAAUUAAGGAAAUUGAUAGAUUGAUUGUACAUAUGUUACCCUAUCAGUUCUUCAGUUAUUUGUAGCAACGAUUUUCCGGCAAGUGGGUUUUGACUCUCAAAUGUUGUACUGAUUUAGUAAAAGUUGAUCCCCAAUUUUUUGUUUCUCA